AUGGGACGUCCCCGCACUCCAGACCUGGCAACCGAUAACUUCAGCGAUGGCGCGUCGGUAAUGGGCGCGAGGAGAGAUGCGGGAUCCAUCCACCCGUUAGCGCGCAACCGAUCGUUAGCCGAGGCCUUGUUCACGCCUGAUGAGAGGGUUCAUGCUGUUUGGUGUCGGGAAUAUUCAACUGACAUUUACUUUCAUCAUCUCUGGUUGGUUUUGAAGAAGAAAAAGGAGGAGGAGGAGGAGGAGGAGGAGGAGGAGGAGGAGGAGGAGGAGAAGAACCCACAGACAGAAUCACCUCUGACCACAAACUGA